AUGACUUUUGAACAAUGGAUUCCACCUCAGAAUCAUACGCCAGGCACAUCCAGUGAUAUGGCUACAGAGGCUGAUGAAAAUAAAGCUGAAACAAUGGGAACGUUAAAGCGAUUGCAAAAAUUAGUCCGAACCAAGAAGGCCAGUGUACAUAGUUUAGAUGACAUCAAACAUGUUUUGGUGCCACUCAAUCCAGCACCACAAGAUGUUUUCCUCUCUGAAGAUGAGGAUGAAGCACCAACAUCAUGUAUGAAACUAACCAAAUACCAGGACAAAAAAAAUUCAAAAGAGAACACAAGACGAAAGGAAGAAACUGAAAGUAGAACAGACCUUAUAUCUGCUUCCUUGGGCAAAUCUUAUACGUCCAGACUGAACAAUGUAGGCAAUAUCUCCAUCCAUUCAGAAACUGAAUUGCAUCUGUGGAGUGACUGGAAGCCUUUUCCAGAUAACCAACUAUGCCCUUGUGAUUUUUUUAUCACCAAGAUAGAAGAAUGGGAAAAAUGUACUUGCUGCUCUCAUGAGCCUCGCCUUACUUGCUCUCUCACAGAUGUGGAUCUCCCAAGUUCAUGGCGUGCAAGUAGCUUUGGAAACUUUGACCAUCGUAGACAUCACUCAGCAUCAAAACCAGAUGAUUCAUCUGAGCCAUGUGAAGUGGAUACUGUAAGUGAUGGUGGAGAACUGGGACAAAACAAAACACCACAUAAUGGAGGAAGCCUUGGAAAGAAGAUGCGGGCCAUUUCCAUGACCAUGAAGAAAAAGAUGGGGAAAAAGUAUAUCAAAGCACUUUCAGGAGAGAUGGAAGAAGAAGGAAAAGAAUAUACUUCUUCCAACAGAGACAGUGAUCCUGGAGGAGGAUUACACACAGAGAAGGUGUCUCUGAAGGCCAGUGACUCCAUGGACAGCCUUUAUAGUCUUAACAGUGGCCAGAGUUCAUCAAGUGGAGUAACAAGUUGUUCAGAUGGGACUAGCAACAGGGACAGCCUCAGGAUUGAUGAUGAAGUUCCUUAUACUGGACCAUUCUGUGGCAGAGCCAAAGUACACACAGACUUCACACCAAGUCCUUAUGACACAGACUCUCUUAAAAUCAAGAAAGGAGACAUAAUUGACAUCAUCUGUAAAACUCCAAUGGGCAUGUGGACGGGACUGCUGAACAACAAAGUGGGAAACUUCAAGUUCAUUUAUGUGGAUCUUAUUGAAGAGGAGAAUUCUACACCCAGAAAGAGAAAGCCACAUAAGAGGAGUAAAAGGGCCAAGCCUAAUUCUCUGCAAGAAUUCCUGGAACGACUUAAUCUCCAGGAUUAUUCAUCAACCCUCUUGCUAAACGGCUAUGAGACACUGGAAGAUUUGAAAGACCUAAAAGAGAGCCAUUUAAUCGAACUGAACAUCAAAGAUUCAGAAGACAGAACAAGGCUACUGUCUGCUAUUGAGAAUCUGCAGGACUAUGAAAAUGAACAAGAGCAAGAAACACAGGAAGUGCCACAGACCUUAAGCCCUGACCUCAGCUUUAACAAGUCGCAGCUAAAUGACUGCCCAAGAGACUCUGGUUGUUACAUCUCACCAGAAAACUCAGAUAACAGCAAAGAAGACCUCGAUACAGAGAACCUACAUGACAUGGUAAAGACAAUCUCCAUCACAGAAUCAAACUGAAUCUGUUCACUAUUCCUGCAAAAUUAUUAGGACUGAAUCUGGAGCUUCAGCAAGUGCACUGAUCUGUUAGCAUGAGUAAGCAGAAAUGGACAUUAACAAUCAAUCUUAAGACUAUACAUGCUAUCUGAUUUCCAACUUUAAACAGACAAGAAUGUGUCUCUUAAAUCCUGUUCUUUUAUUUGUACCUUUUCUAAAGACAGACUAAUUGCAUUUUUAUACAUUAUUUGUACAGUAAAUUCCUUUUUUCUACCUUAUAAGAAUGACUAUCUAAUGGUUUAUAGUUCUAAGACUGUAUAUUUCCAAAAAGAAACAUUCUGAAUAUUGUAAACAGUGUACAUAAUUGUUAUUUUGUAAGGCAAAGAUUAGUUACCUUGUCCUUUUUUUAAAUGUAAUAAUAUAUUUCCAUGAAGUAAUUUCCUUCACAUCAAAAUACCACUCCUAUUAAAAUGUAGCAAGCCAAAUAUUUUAAUAUGAAUCUUUCUGGGCCUCAUUUAAUUAGUACAAUGUGCAGAGUUAACUCUAAUAAUAAUUUUAAACAAUUUAUACUGCCACAAAGUAAAGGGAUUAUUAAUAUGAUUAGAAAUUAGAGUAUUUAUAAUCUAUGUGUAUUCUGAAUACUUAAUUCAUCUGCACAUUUUUAUAAAGGAUUCCCUAGUUUUUUUAUUAUUCCUAAUCUCUUUCACAAACCCUUCUCCCAUUUCCAUGAUAUGAAGAUAAUAGACAUUAAGCUGUAUCUAUUUAUUUGUGAACAGUCAAUUAAAGAUUUAUAAAAUUG